CGUCCCAAAAUCGCGCAUGCUGCUAGUUAAACAAUGGGAAAUAAAGCGCGGAUUUUCUACACACUUGGCGUUCCUAUGUGAACUGGAGUACAAGAAAAGAUCUCCAGUUUUAUACACGAGGAGAUCCACGCGGAUUCUCCUUUUGCUGAAGGAGGAUCCAUACUCGACAGGAAAUGAAUCUUUGUAGUCGUAGUUAACUCUUGCUCUAAUGGUGAGCAUAGGAAUCGUGCAAUGUGAGCCUACAGUGAACACGCAAUAUGGUGUCCCAGGAAAUUAUGCUGGUAAUAACCAUGGAGUAUCAGGUGGAAAUGGUUUUGGUAAUCAUCAUUAUGAUAAUGGAAACGAUAAUGAUUAUGUCGAUCAGCCAAUGUCUUACGAAUUUGGAUAUGCCGUAAAGGAUCAAGCAACCGGAAAUGACUUUGGUAGACGCGAAACUAGCGAUGGUGAAACUGUAAGAGGAGAAUAUAGAGUUCAAUUACCGGAUGGUAGGACACAAAUAGUAACUUACACUGCUGAUUGGAGGACAGGUUUCCAUGCAGAUGUAAGAUAUGAGGGUACUCCAACUUAUCCUGAUCAAUUCAAUAAUCAGAACAAUGGUUAUAAUAAUAAUAAUAAUCAAGGUAGUAGUCAAGACUUUGGUUUUCAUGGUAAUAAUGCUAGUGGAGGUUACAAUACAGGAAAUUCAGGAAACAAUGGAUAUAAUUAUCAACCUAGUGGAACUGGAUUCAAUACUGGUAAUAAUUAUCCAUACCAAUUUGUUUCCAAUCAAAUUUCCAAUUCAUUAGACAAUAGUUAUAAUAGCUUUGGAAUUCGUAAUAAUUAUAACACACGAAUUCCAUCAUCAACAUAUGGACCAGCCUUUAAGUGAUUUUACAAUUCCUAUUAUAUAGCACGUAGGAUAAGAAGCGUUCUGUAAGAUUAGUUUUUUUGUAAUAAAAAUAAUUUUAUUUCCUUAUAUUAAUAUAUAGUGAAUUUUAUAA